AUGAGUCAACCCGAAAUUCCUCCCGAGAUCUGGCAUCUCAUUCUCAAAGCCCAACGACACAAGCUACCCACUCGAAGUGAUCUUGCCAAUGUCUGCUCGGUCUCCAGACUAUUCGAUACCCUUGCCACUCCACUACUGUACCGAUCAGUCAUUUUAUGCCGGAUGAGCAACGACUGGUCGCUAUUUCCCGAUGAUUUUGAAGCCACUGAGCGGCCGAAACAUUUUGAAGAUCUUUAUUUCGGUCUUUUCUAUCGACUUUUGGACGAUAGGAAUGAGGUACUGCGAGCAUUUGUGCGUGAGAUGACCUUCAAGCUUCAAGGCACCAAGGAGGAUAUAUCUCGUGCUUGGGACAAAUUGAGGCCACCCCAGGACCUCUUGGCUGGACUGGUCAGAAAGCUUCCAAAUCUAGAAGCUGUAUACUUUAUAGGAGAGCUUCCCAUAUCCGACGCCCUUGUGGAUGCAUUUCUCGCUCAUCAGAAAUUCCCAAAGCUUUAUUUAAAACACGAAGAGGGACUCAUCCAGAGGGAAAUUUGCGCUCCAUUUGUGCCGGAAGUAUGUAUCUCUGUGGAUACAACAGCCCCAGUCCCUACUCCUAAUAGAGAAUUACGGCCAUGGGAGCAAGAGUUCAAGCCACAGAGACUAGCUCUGCAUGAGAUUUUCGCCGCAUAUCCGAAGCUUGAGGACCUAUCAGUUUCGAUCAAUCUUUUACGGGGAGGCUGUGUGAUAGAUUACUCCCCUGAUUCAGCAGAGAUAGUACCGCUUUCGAUACCCGAUAAAUUCACCUUUCCACCGCUGAAAAAUCUUUCAUUAAGCGGUUAUCAUAUCACAGAUGAAGAGAAACCUCUCUGGAAACAGAGAUUCCCUUGGGGAGAAUUAGAAUCUCUCACGCUGGGAGUUCAGACCCACAAUGGCGUGCUGGAGUCGGCUACUGGAAACGUGCAUAACUUGAAGAAUUUCCAAAUUACAAGUUAUACCCGCCAUACUGCCUCGAAUUCGAGCCCUGAGCUUGACUUGUUCUUGUCCUCUUUCAAUUCCCUAGAGAGCCUCACUGCCAAGGGACUUGUCCCUUCGUUGAAUUCUGUGAUGAACCAUUCCAAUCUCAAGCACCUUUGUCUCCAUGCCAUUGAGGAGACCGAUCAGGAGAGAAAAACUCUGAAUUUGGAAGAGAUAGAAGACUUGGAUCUACAUUGUCCAAAUCUCACGAACCUGGAACUAGAUAUCAAUCCAAAUGGCACAUGGCCAAAAACCUCAAUGGAGGCUCUAGCAACCAAAUUCGGAAAUCUUCGUGAAUUGAUAAUUCAUGUCGGUCUAGGAAUAUCAAUCGCAAUGAAGAACGCUCAAAAGGGGUUCCCACUGACGAAGGCUUUCAAAUCGGUAUUGACCGAAGAAAUCGCAAGAUCCUCUGCAAAACGAUUUCUUGAAUGCAGAGGGCCGUCAAACCUGACGAAAAUUACAUUGAAAACUGGCGAAGAUCUACGUUGGUUCCCACAAUGGCAUCCCGGAUACGCUGAUGCGGAAGAGGAAUGUUCGAGGAUAUUCGAGAUAGAUGCGCGCCUGGGACAGGAUGGUGAAAUCAUACUCAAAGAGCUAGACAGCACACGGGCUAGCAUUCUGAGAAGGUUAGGGAGUCCGAAUGGGGCAUUUAACCGUACAUUCCUUGGAAAAUCUCCUACACGAAUCAGUACAGCGCCGCGGGUGUUUCAGGCAUCGUCCUUUAGUACAAGCUCAACUUGA